AUGGCCCGAGCAUCAAAGAGACAGCGAAAAGACAAGGUCCCCGAAGUACCUACUAUCGUACCAUGGCAUGAUCUAAUGCCUAGUGCGAAUAUCAGUAUCGGCGCCUCCUUGAUGGAUACUAUCGACGACCUGAUCAACGAAGGUCACAUCGAGCCACAGCUUGCCAUGAAGAUUCUAGGCAACUUUGACAAGAUUGUCCAGGAAGUGCUGGCGGACAAGGUGAAGGCCAGGUUGACUUUCAAGGGCCAUCUCGAUACCUACCGAUUCUGUGACGAGGUCUGGACAUUUCUAUUGAAGGAUGUCAACUUCAAGCUCGAUGGGAGUACGACUCUGCAUUCGGAGAAGGUCAAGAUUGUGAGCAUGGCGGCGAAGAAGCCGGAUGAGAAAUGA